AUGGAAGUUUUAGCUCUAGCCCUUGUUAUAUUCACUUUUUCAAUCACCAUUUUCGGCUUCAGGCGCUGGUCAGACCGCGAUACCAAGCUUCCGCCCGGUAGCUUCGGUUGGCCCGUGGUCGGAGAAACUAUACAAUUUUUGUUCGGCAAGCCGGAAAAGUUUGUUGGCGAUAGAAUGAAAAAGUAUUCUCCGGACAUUUUCAAGACGAAGAUACUUGGAGAGAAAACUGCUGUUAUUUGUGGGCCAAAUGGUCACAAGUUUCUGUUCUCUAAUGAACAAAAGUACUUUGCUGCAUUUCGUCCUCACCCAAUGCAAUACAUCUUCCGUUCAUACCAAACCAAAGCGCCUGCUGCAAAGCCCCCAGAAGUGCCGCGCGACGAGACUAAAGUUUUGCGGCAGCCUGGAUUUCUUAAGCCCGAAGCCUUGAUCCGAUUCUUGGGUAAAAUGGACUCGAUGACACAACUACAAUUGCAAACUCACUGGGAAGGCAAGGAUGUCGUCAAAGCCUACCCACUUGCCAAGACCAUAACUCUAGCACUCGCUUGCCGAUUCUUUAUGGGCACGGACAACCCGGACCGCAUCGCUAGACUCGUUCAACACUUCGACGAUAUUACUGUCGGUAUGCAUUCGAUCAUGUUAAACAUUCCAGGGACCAUAUUUCAUCGUGCAAACAAAGCUGCGGCCGCCAUUCGUACGGAACUCAUGAGCGUGAUCAAGGAGAAGAAAGAUGCAAUGGAAUCAGGGGUUAAAAUGCAAGAUAUUUUGUCCCAUAUGAUUGUUAUAACUGAUUCCAGUGGAAAAUUCAUGCCUGAGGCUGAAAUUGCUGAUAAAGUAAUGGGAUUGCUUGUUGCUGGAUAUAGUACAGUUGCAACUACAAUAACUUUCUUGAUGAAAUAUGUUGGCUUAAAUCCAGACGUCUAUGAAAUGAUCCGAGCUGAGCAAAUGGAAAUAGCAUCAUCCAAGAAGGCAGGCGAAUUGUUAGAAUGGGAAGACAUGCAAAAAAUGAGGUAUUCUUGGAAUGUAAUAUGUGAAACAAUGAGACUGGUUCCACCACUUCAAGGCACAUUCAGACAAGUUCUGACUGAAUUUACCUAUGCUGGCUACACAGUGCCAAAGGGUUGGAAGGUGUAUUGGACGGUGAGCACAACAAACAUGGACCCAAAAUAUUUUCGAGAUCCUCAAAAAUUUGAUCCUUCAAGAUAUGAAAACGGUGAAGCCCAUGCUCCAUACACUUAUGUUCCAUUUGGAGGAGGGCCGAGAACUUGUCCUGGAAAAGAGUAUGCUCGGCUAGCCAUACUUGCUUUCAUACAUAAUUUGGUGAAGUAUUACAAGUGGGAAGUAAUGGAUCCUCUUGAGAAGGUCAAUGGUGAUAUGAUGCCUACACCGGAGAAAGGUCUUCCAAUCCGUCUUCAUCGCAUCUAG